AUGGCAGAUCUCGUCGACCAUUCACCCCACCAUCCCACCAAGGUUGCCCGCCUGGACAGCGCUUCCAAUGUUAUUCUGAUCGACAACUACGACUCAUUUACCUGGAAUGUCUACCAAUACUUGGUGCUCGAGGGUGCCACAGUCACAGUCAUCCGCAACGACGAAACCACUGUGGAGGAUUUGGUUGCGAAGAAGCCUACUCAACUAGUGAUCAGCCCCGGACCUGGACACCCCUCAACCGAUGCGGGAAUUAGCAAUGCUGCGAUUAAGCACUUCAGCGGAAAGAUUCCUAUUUUCGGUGUAUGCAUGGGCCAGCAAUGUAUAAUUCAAUCAUUCGGAGGCAAGGUUGAUGUGACGGGUGAGAUCCUCCACGGCAAGACAUCGGUGUUGAAGCAUGACGCCAGGGGAGUCUACGAGGGAUUGCCGACUGUCCUCUCUGUAACUCGUUACCAUUCGCUCGCCGGAACUCAUUCGACUAUUCCGGACUGUUUGGAGGUCUCAUCGUGGGCUGAGCUCGAGAACGGCAGCGGUAAGAGUGUCAUCCAGGGAGUCCGACACAAGGAACUUGCAGUGGAGGGCGUCCAAUUCCACCCGGAAAGUAUCCUGACCGAGUAUGGGCGAACGAUGUUUAAGAACUUCCUCAAGCUCACCUCGGGCACCUGGGCUGGGAACAACAAGAGCGCAGCGACUCCAGUCAAGGACGCAGCUAAGCCCGCUGCUCCCGCAGACAAGAAACUCUCCAUUCUUGAUAAGAUCUAUGCUCAUCGUAGAAACGCCGUUGAUGAGCAGAAGAAAAUCCAUGCAUCACGCCCCGAGGCUCUUCAGGCUGCUUACGAUCUGAACAUCGCGCCGCCACAGAUUUCGUUCCCUGACCGUUUGAGACAAUCGGACUAUCCUCUAUCUCUGAUGGCGGAGAUCAAGCGAGCAUCUCCCUCUAAGGGCAUCAUCUCCGCGGACGUGUGCGCCCCCGCUCAAGCACGCGACUAUGCCAAAGCUGGCGCCAGUGUAAUCUCUGUUUUGACCGAACCCGAGUGGUUCAAGGGUACUAUUGAUGAUCUUCGUGCAGUUCGCCAGAGCUUGGAGGGAUUCACUAAUCGACCGGCUAUUCUGCGCAAAGAAUUUGUCUUCGAUGAAUACCAAAUUCUGGAGGCGCGUCUUGCCGGCGCUGACACUGUUUUGUUGAUUGUGAAGAUGCUUAGCACUGAACUUCUCACACGCCUAUACAACUACUCUCGCAGUCUGGGAAUGGAGCCUCUUGUCGAAGUUAACACCCCCGAGGAGAUGAAGAUUGCGGUCGAUCUCGGUUCUCAAGUGAUCGGAGUCAACAACCGGGAUUUGACUAGCUUUGAAGUCGAUCUCGGUACCACAAGCCGUCUCAUGGAUCAAGUGCCGGAAAGCACCAUUGUGUGCGCUCUGAGUGGUAUUACGGGCCCGAAGGAUGUGGAGGCAUACAAGAGUGAGGGUGUCAAGGCCAUCCUGGUGGGAGAAGCUCUGAUGCGGGCUCCAGACACAGCGGCUUUUGUUGCGCAACUUCUUGGUGGAUCCACUGACAAGACUUCCGCGUCAUCAAGCCCGCCCUUGGUCAAGAUCUGUGGCACCCGAUCUGAGGAAGCCGCCAAGGCUGCCAUCGAAGCCGGUGCUGAUCUGAUCGGUGUCAUUAUGGUCCAGGGCAGGUCAAGACUGGUUCCAGACGACGUUGCUCUCCGUAUCUCUCAAGUUGUCAAGUCUACGCCCCGACCGGUGCUUGGGUCAGAGCCUGUCUCGAAGGCAACUUCUACGGAAUGGUUUGAAAACUCGAUUAACGUGCUGCGUCAUCCAUCUCGUGCACAACUUGUCGGUGUGUUCAUGAAUCAGCCACUGUCAUACGUGCUUUCCCAACAACAAAAGUUGGGACUGGAUAUUGUUCAACUCCACGGCUCAGAACCAUUGGAGUGGGCAAGUUUGAUUCCCGUGCCUGUGAUUCGCAAAUUCGCGCCAGGCGAUAUUGGAAUCGCGCGCCGUGCCUACCACACACUUCCGUUGCUGGACUCCGGUGCCGGUGGAUCUGGACAACUUCUGGAGGAGGUGGGUGUCCAAAAGGUUCUUGAAAGCGAUGAAGGUUUGCGGGUCAUUCUUGCGGGUGGGCUGAACCCCGACAACGUCGUCGACACUGUUACCAAGCUUGGCAAAGCGGGAUCCAAGGUGGUGGGACUGGAUGUUAGCUCUGGUGUUGAAACAAAUGGCUCACAAGAUCUGGACAAGAUUCGUGCCUUUGUAAAAGCGGCCAAAAGCGUUCGUUCAUGA